AUGAAGCAGAGCAGCAGCAUUGAUACGCCGCAUUUGUUUUCGAUACUGGCUUUGGGGUUCUUUAUCUGGGAUGCUUCGCUUGGAGUACUGGGCCGACUGGGACAAGAGCAUGAUGAGCUGCCAGCAGAUUAUCGGUACAGCCAAGGUCACUCAUAUGCUCAGAACUACUUGGUGCUCUACCCACUCUCCAAACACGAGUACAAUUCCGUUGCCCGCCGAAAGGGUGUGUCGGUUCCUCCCACUACAGCCGCACUCCGACACGCCGCUGGUACCGACGAUUUCCACCGCGCAAAAGAAUCUGGGUGGUGGGCCUCUAGUUGUAAAGACCGCGAACCCGCUACUGCUUCAGAAAGGAAUCUUGCGACUGACCCACGUCCAAGAGCAGCGAUAUCAUCAUCUCUGGGUCGCCGUUUCGCCACGCCGCCUUGCCGCCUAAGAUCUCGGGCUAUCUUUGUCAGGCUAGUGACCGUUAAGGCAUCGCCAGUUACUUGGCGGUAG